AUGAGGGGCGGAGGGUGGAAGUGCCCAGGAGGUCCUGGUGCAGAGGCCAGCCCCCAGAGGCCAGCCCCCACAGCCCAGCCCCCACAGCCGUGUGCAGGUCCUCCCUCAGCUGCAGCAGGUCACUUUCCCCCGCUCUUCCACUGCUCUUCCACUGCGUGCGUCCUGCGCUGCACCAUGCACUCCGUGGGCCGCUCGUGGGUGCUACUCAGCGGCUUCCUGCUCUUCUACAUAAUCUACCUGUUGUUCGGGGCUCUGGUCCUGUCCAGCAUCGAGCGGCCGGAGGAGGAGCGCGUCCGUGCGGAGCUGCAGCAGCUCCGGGAGCAGUUCAUGAAUCACAGCUGCGCCACAGAGCAGGCGUUGGAGAGCUUCCUGACGCGCGUCUUGCAGGCGCACCGCUCCGGGGUGUCCGUGCUGCAGACUGUCCACCAGCCGUCCAACUGGGACCUGACCUCCGCGAUGUUCUACGCCAACACUCUGGUCACCACCGUGGGGUAUGGGCAGAGCACUCCUCUCACAGACCUGGGAAAGGCCUUCUCCAUCGUGUACGCUCUCCUGGGAGUGCCCUUCACCAUGCUGGUGCUUACGGCCUGUGUGCAGAAGCUCUUUGUGCCUUUGGUGUUGGCCCCGGUGGAGUUGCUCCAUCGCUGGGGCCUUGAGCCCAGAAUGGCCUGUGCCCUACACCUGCUGCUGCUUCUGCUGCUGCUGGUGCUCUGCUUCUUUAUGGGCCCGGCUGCUCUCUUCAGUGGGUUGGAGGGCUCGUGGUCCUUCUUGGAUGGGGUUUACUUCUGCUUCAUCUCCCUGUUCACAAUUGGACUGGGCGACUAUGUCCCGGCUCUUCAGGCGAGCCAGAGCAACAAGCCGCUGUACCAGGUGUCAGUGAUAGUGUACCUCUUCCUGGGCCUCAUGAUGAUGUUCUUGCUGCUGCGAGCACUCCACAAGAUGGCAGAUGUGCACGGACUGACCGCGCUGCUGCAGCUGCCCCGCUGUGAGGAGAGCUGCCCCGACGACGAGCAUAGGCCCAUCGUGGACAAGAGAAGCCCGGGAACCCCUGAGACUCCCCAGGGGCCCAGAGAGCCAGAGGACAAGCAGCCCCAGCCCCCCCAUGCCUUCUACAACACCAUCCUCCAGGGUUGA